GAGGAUCCCAAAAAUGACAUCCAGACUGCGGUGAAGCUGCAAAGGAGCGACGGGAAACAAAAAGAAGUGAGAGCCGGAGCCCUCCCGAGCCCGCAGGAUCCCGCAGGACCCAGCUUCCCGCUCCAGUCUGAAGCUCUCCGCCCUCCGCGCUGCGCGUCCGUCCGUGGAGAUGCAGCGGCGUCUGUAGGCAGAGCUCCGGUCUGUCGGAGGCGGAGCGGCUCAGCCUCCGGUUUUCCGGCGCGCAGCAGCUGAACUGAAGGCGGGACGUCCGCGGCUCCUUCCCCGCUUCAGGCUCACUCUCAGGGGGGGCUGUGCGACCAGAUGCCGGCCUCUCAGCCCGCCCAGAAAACUGGCAAAAUGAAAAAGUUGAGGAGAACUUUGUCCGAGAGUUUCCGGAGCAUCGCUUUCAAGAAAGAGGAGAGCAGUUUUGAUGAGAUAUGUGUCACAAAGAUGUCCACACGCGGCUGCCAGGGAACGGACUCAGUCAUCAAGCCCCUGGACACCAUCCCUGAGGACAAGAAGGUGAGAGUUCAGCGGACGCAGAGCGGCUUUGACCCAUUUGAGAAACCCGCCAGCCAAGUGAAAAGGGUCCACUCGGAGAACAACGCCUGCAUUACAUCCAAGAGUUCAACCACCAGCAAAGAGUCCCCUAAACUGCGUCGCCACUCCAGCCCCAGCUCGCCAACAAGCCCAAAAUUUGGAAAAGCAGAUUCCUACGAAAAGCUUGAGAAACUGGGAGAAGGGUCCUACGCUACAGUUUACAAAGGAAAAAGCAAGGUGAAUGGAAAGCUUGUGGCUCUGAAGGUGAUCCGUUUGCAGGAGGAGGAAGGAACGCCCUUCACAGCCAUAAGGGAAGCAUCUCUCCUGAAAGGCCUGAAGCAUACCAAUAUCGUGCUCCUCCAUGACAUCAUCCACACCAAGGAAACCCUGACUCUGGUCUUCGAGUAUGUGCACACAGACCUGUGUCAGUACAUGGACAAAUACCCGGGGGGGCUUCAUCCAGACAACGUCAAGCUCUUCCUCUUCCAGCUGCUGAGAGGCUUGUCGUAUAUCCACCAGAGGUAUAUCCUCCACCGUGACCUAAAACCACAAAACCUGCUCAUCAGUGACACUGGAGAGCUCAAACUGGCAGACUUUGGCCUGGCCAGAGCCAAGUCAGUCCCCAGCCAUACUUACUCCAACGAGGUGGUGACCCUAUGGUAUCGGCCUCCAGAUGUCCUGCUGGGCUCUACAGACUACUCCACCUGCCUUGACAUGUGGGGAGUGGGCUGCAUCUUCAUUGAGAUGAUCCAAGGCGUGGCGGCCUUUCCCGGGAUGAAGGACAUUCAGGACCAGCUGGAGCGGAUUUUCUUGGUCCUUGGAACACCGUCUGAAGACACGUGGCCUGGCGUCAAUUCCUUGCCUCACUAUAAACCAGAGCGCUUCACAGUGUACAGCGCCAAGAAGCUCAGACAAGCAUGGAACAAGUUGGGCUUUGUAGACCAUGCUGAAGAGUUGGCUUCCAGGUUUCUCCAGUGCUUCCCAAAGAACCGACUGUCAGCCCAGGCGGCGUUGAGUCAUGAAUACUUCAGCAACCUUCCCCCCCGGCUCUGGGAGCUGCAGGACAUGUCUUCUGUCUUCACUGUACCAAAUGUCAAACUGCAGACGGAGAGCGGGGACAGCAUACAGGUGUGCUCUCGCAAAAACAGCCACGGAAAGGCAUCCUCCAGCAGCAAGCACUGACCUGCCACCCACUACCUGACAGGUGAGCGCUGCAGAGGGAACAGAUGAACGGAUGAAGAGCUCCAGUUCUCCUUAUUUAUUACUUUCAAAGUGAACGAGUGUGGUGCGUGCAUGAGGACUGAGUGAGCAUUGAGCAUGCGUGCACUCUUGGUGCCACCUAAGAUUUCAUGCUAUCCUUUGCAAAUUUUGUUUACUUUUUAUAAAGUUCCAAUAAGUCAUAAAUCAUUGUCACCGUGGAAACAAAAGGACUUUUAUUAUCGGUACAUAUGGUGUUCUGUGUUUGUAACUAGCCUCCUAUUUAAGAAUGUAUAUUUGUAUGUAUGAUAUACUCAUUUAGAAAUUAUAUAAUGGACGUUUUUAUUAUUGCUUCUCACUACUGCACUGCUCCUGCCAAGACACACACACACACAAACACAACCUUACAAACAUACACAAGCAUAAAAUGCAGCACUAUUGCUGUGAUUGUCUCUUAAUAACUUCAGUCCUGGUUGUAGGACUGUAAACAACAAUAAUCAUGAUGAUGAUGAAGAUGAUGAAGGGCUCCCUGGUGAUGCUAUAGUUCCUGGCUGCCAUACUGGAGGUCCUGUGGUCUUUGAGAAUAGCCACUGCUCUAGACUCUCAUCCUUGCUAUUAAAAAUGCGGACCUGAUUGGGUUUUUUCUCAUGACAAUUUGUUUGUCUGGAACAGAUUUCAUGAACAUUUCUGUGGCACAACUGCACUGUGAAGCUGCUUCAGUUUAAUGAAAUUAGAUGAUUUUUCUUUUAAAUGAUUCCUGUGUAAUCACAAACCUGUGUGAGGUCCUAGGUUCCUAGGUCUGCGUUUGGGUGUCAUACUUGGGCGUCCUCCUCCUGAUCUUUGAUCAAGUGGUGGAGGAGGUAAUGGGAUGGUUUUUGUCGGUUUUGUUAACAGCACAUUAUAUUAACUGCCUUUUAGAGGUCCCCCACUCUGCAGAAGAUAUCCAGAUGGGACUUGAUCCUCUCCAGCUUCACAUCUUAGUGUUGUGGGGGGGGGCUGUUUACUGUCAGCAGCUUCAGAGAAAGACAAUCAUCUUCUUGCAUUUGAAAUGACAGGAGCAGAGCAUCCCAUGAUAGCUGCUGACUGAGCUCCUUCUUUUGAGCCGGUUCCCAGGGAACAUAAUUCUGAGCUGUUGGUGCUGUUGUCACAGUCAGGUAUGUGCAACGUGUGGCGUGUUGCUGAGAGAGGAGGCUGGUCAAACUGAGCCCCCUGUUGUGGGAAACGCUGUGCUCAGUGGACCUCCAUGAUGGAGCCAGAGCGCUAAAACGCCAGCUUUAGUUUGAAAAGCCAGACUAGCAUAGGUCUCUGGUGGUGGUGCUCUGCUCUGCAGAGUUUGUACCAUCCAACGUGCACACAAGCGCAAUAAUAGAAGUGACCCGCAGCUGUGUCAGCAUGGAAACACACAUAUCUGACAGAGGGUUAAACAGGGCAAUAGUUUUGCAUCCGUGCUUCCAUCCAGAAAACAUGAGCUAAUGUUGAGAAUGGAGAAAUGGCAAUAGGCUGUGCAGCUGAUCUCUUGAUCCAGCCCUCAGUUUCCACCGUCUUUGGCGGCAGAUCCCUUGGCGGUGGAUCCCGUAGCGGCCACUCCACUGGACAAAUCCGCAGCGUGAGGGAGUCUUUGUGCUGCAUCUGAAGGGAAACUUUGGUUGAUGCUCCACCCUCACCUCUUUAUGAGCUGUGGCUCCUCCAGAGAAGGGAAGAUGGUACUGCUGUGUUUGUUUCCUUCAAAGCUUUGUUUGAAUCUUUUCUGAAUAGAAAAGCUUUGUUGUAUGGAGAUAAUUGUGAGGUACUAUCAACACAGUGGCUUCCUUUUUACCGAUCAACUGAAACAAUAAGUCUGGCCCUGAACUGUUGUUGUGAUGGGAUGAACACACAUCAUCAUCAUACCUGUUGGUCAGAUACUUGUCGGAAUGCGGUCAAAGAAGGCGUUAGAUCAUUUGAACAAUCAUGUUAAAGAUGAAAGCAUUCCUAAGUUUAGCGCCAGCUAGCAUGAACGGUUUCCGCAGAGAAAUCUGUGUCCUUUUUUAGCAAUCAGAUGUUUUCGUCAUGAACAGAAAUGUUCAGGUAUUGAUUUUUUGGAAAUUCUUUUGGGACGUUUCUAAUGCUCAGAGGGGCCUGAACCUUCUGUUGCAGGAACCGAGAACUGCCUCUCGGCUGAUUUUUACGUCACCACUUCUUAAAAUCAGUCCAAAACUACUUUAUUUCUCCCUGAACCAGAGAUGGUUUGGGCUGUGUGGUUGUGACCCAGGCAGGAUUUUUCCUGCAGAAUCUACCCGGCCAGCGCCUGAAAAGACGAUUGACGGGAUCCUGGUUCAUCCCUGGGGUCUUUCACAAUGAAGUCAAAUGUUGUGUUGGGAAGAUCUUGUCGCUACAUGUCCUUAUGAUCAAAUAUCUGCUUUUUGAUUUAUUUUAAGUUAUUCAAACAGAAUUUUUUUUAAAAAUGUGACGUAAACUUUGUAAGUAAACGUUUCCUGGUGCCUGUUCCAGUCUAGUUCCUUCAGCGGCUCCAAGGGGUUUCUACAUUUUUUUAAACUAAAUUUGGUUUGCUCAGUAUGACAGCCUGCAUGGUCACAUUUAUGGCUUUUCCUGAAACGAUACGCAUAAAUAUUAAUAUCUGCCUGCUUUGCUCAUUGCUGUGCAAGCGGCUUCUUCUCAAAUGUAAAUGUUAUCCCCAGAUUUGAACCGUUACCACAGAUUAGGGGGGGGGCAUGAAGAAAGGCUGUACUUGAAGUUUUCUUGCGGCUUUGCAGUGUCACCCCCGGGCUGUGAUUGUGCGGCAGAGAAAGGGGAGGAGAGGCGCUGGGUAAUGCCAGUAAAGCGGCGUGACAGAAGAGGGUUAAUGCGACGGAGCAGCACUGCGAUUGCCCAGCCCGGAGUGGCUUUAGGGGAAUGCAGGCAGCAUUAGCAGCAGAAUCAUUAUUUUUGGUUUGUUGCUCCCGGUGUGUGCACAUGUUUAGUGUGGCACACUUUUAGCCUGCCACACACCGCCUCCUCCGCUGCUGCUCCUGCUCCUCUCUGCACUCUUGAAAUGUGCAUCUUCUGAGUCUGGAAGGCAGACUGUUCACCUUCCUGUUAACCCUAGAAAAAGUGCACAUUUUGUGACAGAAAACCCCCCAAAAAUAAAGAGCAAUCUCAAAGUAAAGAUCAUUUCGAUGAUAAAUCAAAUUCCAUGGGGUGAGAUGAUGACUGGUCGCACAAAGGGUCCUCUUACUGCAUUCAAAAGAAGUCAUGUAUGAAUAUACAUAUAUGAUGAAUAUAUAGAUAUGAAUAAAUAUAUUUAUUUUUGCCAUUUCUGGUGUAGUUUGAGAAUGUUGAGAUGCAUUCUGGCUGUGUUCAGCGAGGAGUCAGUUUGCAGCUUUGUAAAGUGCAGCUACUCACAGAUUUCUGUCUUUUUAAGCUGCACUAAAAAGACAAAACAACCUUCUCCCAGAGAUGUUGCUUUCCACUUCAUCAAUUUACGGUAAAUAACACAGUAUAUAGUAGAGUAGCUGUUGCAUAUGUGUGUAAUGUUCUAAUAAAAAGUGUGAAGUCCCACUGUAAAUGUUGUUUAAUGUUGUUUUACCUGAAAUAAACUAAUGCCUCUGACCUGU